CAGACUGCUGCGGGCGCUCACUUCGCUCUUGGCCUGGUAGGUGCGCCUGUGUCGCCGGCGCCCGGGGAAGGCAGGCCUUGCAGGAGGGAGACGCCCGCCAUGCCCGGCCCGCAGCUCCCCUCCUCGGCUUCCCGCCCGCCGCCCCCGCGGAACGACCAGCCGCAGCCCCUGUGAGGAGGAAGAGGAGGCGGCGGCGGCGGCGGCGGCGGCAGAGGAGGCACCGCCCCCUUGGCAGCUCCCCGACCUGGCGGCCUCGGCAGGACCCAUGGCGGACUCCUCGCCCGCGUUGUCCCUGCGGGAAGGCGGCCCCCGCGCGCCGCGGCCCUUAGCCCCUUCGCCGCCGCCGCGCUCGCGUUCCGGCUCGGAGUCCGAGGAGGCCGAGCUGUCGGUGAGCCUGGCCCGCACCAAGACCCGCUCGUACGGCAGCACCGCCAGCGUGCGGGCGCCGCUGGGCGCCGGCGUCAUCGAGCGCCUGGUGGAGCACCGGGUCCGCGCCGACGACACGCUGCAGGGCAUCGCGCUCAAGUACGGAGUCACGAUGGAACAGAUUAAAAGGGCCAAUAAACUGUUUACCAAUGAUUGUAUAUUUCUGAAGAAAACUUUGAACAUCCCAGUUAUAUCAGAGAAGCCUUUGUUGUUUAAUGGACUUAACUCCGUUGAUUCUCCAGAAAAUGAAACUGUUGAUAGCAGUUUUUCACAUGAAGAGGAGCCUGUGGUGGGUGGGGAAGACCUCCCUCCUCCCAGUCCUCAGGAAUCUGAGAUUCAGCCUGUGCAGCCUGAGGAAGUGUCAGCCAGAGAUUUCCUUCAAAGACUUGAUUUGCAGAUUAAAUUAUCAACACAGGCAGCCAAGAAACUAAAAGAAGAAAGCAGAGAUGAAGAAAGUCCCUAUGCAACGUCCCUCUAUCACAGUUAGGUGAUUAGUAGCAUGAUUCUAACCUGGAUUAAGCAGUGGUUGGGCCAUAAAGAAUCUGGUGACUGAAGAUCCAGAAGCAUCCCUUUUGGAUUCCCAUAGCACUCAUCUUAAAAUCAUAAUUAAGUCUACCUACUGCAGUUGCACUGAAGUGGUUAUUUCCCUCUGGCUUUCUAUAAUGUUCAGUUUUUAUUAUGGCAUGAUAGCAAAAUUAUAUUCUGAAGCUUAUUACUUUUGUAGGUGGUAAUAGUUUUUAGACUAGCUUUUGUAAACACUGGUGGAGAUAAGCAUCAAAGACUUUAUAUAUUUAAGCUGAAAACAGUGUUUAGCUCCUAAUGAAAUCCUAAUUAUGUGAAAAACACGGUGGCUGUUUAAGUGAUGCUGAAUUUGCUGUGUGUUUAUAACUUAAGUGCUAUAUACAUAUAUAUAUUUCAAUAUGUAUUACAUAUUCUGUAUUAAUACAAAGAACCAAAUUUUGUCUGCUAUUUUGUAAAAAUAAACUACAAAAGUCUGAGAAAAUAAACUAUGUUUUCACA